GGGCAUACGCUUGGUCCAUCAUAUAUUUAAGUUCGAGUUUCUCGGGAUAGUACAAUGCAGUGCCACAGACAGAUCGUCGUAUAGGACCGGCAAAAUGCAUACAAUGUAGCGACCAUAGUUCCAGAAACGUCGUCUUCGGUCCGUUUUUUUUUCACAUACACAAGGAAGGUGCAUACGCGAUUAUAGGCGCGAACGGUGGCGUGACCCGAGCGUAGUGGGGGGUCGUCUCCGAGAGAAGACAAAAAAGAUGGAAGGGCGGGCAGUACCAUUGUGAGGAGUCGGAGAGUGUAAACGAAGAAGUGAGAGUGUUGCCAGAGUUGUCGUGAGAGUGUAGUCCGCGUGAAAGAGAGAGAGCGUUGGAUCCGUUGUGACGAGAGUUACAAAUUAACUAUUGCGUUGUCUAGACCAUAAUACGUUAUUGUGAUUAAUUAACAUCUGUACAAUUCAUUCAUCGUAAAUAAAUCAUCAUUAUAAUAUUAUAUUUACGAUACUACAAUUUGGGGGCUCAGCCGGGAUCUAGAGCGCUAAGUGACAAGUGAUGUCUCACAAAAAUGACUGACUACAAUGCAGGAAAAGCAGGUUUGACUGACGAGCAGGUGGCUCAGAUGCAAAUACCUGAGCUAAAAGACGAGCUGAGAAGACGACGGCUGAGAUUAGUGGGCAGAAAACGCGAGCUGAUAGAGCGAUUGCUUGCUGCGUUACGCUUAGAGCGGGAACACGGUGCGCGAGAAGACGAUCCAGAUGAUGACAACGACAGCGAUUUAGAAGACGACGACGACGACGAUGAGAUUGGCGUGAUUGGGAACUGUUUAGACGUCAACGGUCUAGGAAAUCGCGAUCUCAAUAAUCAAGACGUCGGAGUUCGGGUAACUCCAGUGAUAAGACGACCAAGGCAAGACGAGCCAGUGCUAACGCUCAUAGACGUAGAGGACUUGCUAGAGAAAUUCAGCGGAGAUGAUCUGCUAAGUAUAAAUCGGUGGAUAGAAGACUUUGAAGAAAUGGCAGAACUGUGUGGUUGGUCAGACAUCCACAUGGUAGAUUUCGCUAAGGAACUGCUCACAGGCUCCGCUGAAACUUUCGUACAACAAGAACAAUGCACAGAGUCCUGGGCGAAGCUAAAAAAGGCGAUGAAGGACAAAUUUGAGAAUGUAGUAAGUGACCAGCAAAUACAUCGGGAGUUAGCGCGUAGAACGAAGAAACCAGAUGAGAGUCUACAGCAAUAUAUGUAUAGUAUGCGUGAGACUGCGGAACAAGGAAAGGUUGAUAUACAGUCGCAAAUCGACUAUAUUAUUCAGGGUAUUCCUGACGAGGUCAUAAAUAAGGUUAUAUUAUACGGAGCCAGGAACAUGCAACAGCUGAAAGAAUGUCUUAAGCAGUACGAAGCGAUGAAAAGGGAUAUGGAAGCGGAAAAAAGAUCUGGGGAACGCAAGGACGAUAAGGGAAAACGAUCAAAAGUGCGAAAUUAGUCGAGGCAAACAAGUAGUAACAAAAGAAGAUGUUUUAAUUGUGGUGGUGAAGAUCAUUUAAGUGCUAAGUGUCCAGAGAAAGGAAAAGGUGUUAAGUGCUUCAAGUGCAACGAAUUUGGACAUAUUGCGGCGAAGUGUACAGCACGAC